AUGAUACCAAAAUUUCGAAAGUUUUUCAAAUCGAACAAGACUUGUAAUGAAGAAGAAAGAUCGAGAAUUGAAAAUAGAACCAACCAAUAUCAAUUAUCAUCAAUUAUCAAUCAGAACGGAGUCGAUUGUAGAAGUGGUGCGAGAGGAAUGGAGAAACGAAAUAUAGCUUUCAGUGGAAUUCAACAUGGACACUCGUUUAUAGAUGAUAACGACGAUGAACCGCCGCCACUAAUGAGGAAUUCCGAUUCUCGACCAGCACCACAUUGGUUGGAUGGACCACGUGACAGUGCUGUACUACCGGAUAUCAUUGCAUCCACUUACAGUGAUUAUAGUGAUGAAGCUGACUACGCAAUGAAACAGAUGCUUGCCAUCCUGGAAACGUUGAAUCCAGUCGAGGACAACAAUAUGGAACUAUUUGGGAAUUCACUCAAAGCCAUCGAAUUUCGGUUACCGUUCGAUUUGAUUCUCAAUGAAGACAACAAUCCUGAUUGGCAAGCGAUCCGUCAAAAGCUGCUCACCGACAGUAUGAAACUGACGACAUCAUCUGAGUCAUCGGAUCGUCCUGGAUUAUCGAAUGUUCAGAUGUCUGCAGUGUUCGAUGCGAUUCCAUUCCUCUUCGAUGCGGUCGCGUGUAAUCAUGAAUUGAAGAAUUUUCAAAACACACUUUCGAUGAUUGUGUUGAUUGCAAUGACUGGAAAUUCAAUGAUCCGACGACAGAGCAUAAAUGCGAUUCAAGCGCUUAUGGAACGUUCGAUGCUCAGCCAGGAUUUCAUGAGAGAUGGCAUCGUUCCGGGACUGUUUCAUAUUUAUCAAUCGGGUGUCGGCGCCUUCCAAUCAAGCGAUUUACGGAUGGAGUGUGUUCAGGCAACCACAACAUUAGCGUACGCGAUGAAGCUGCUGAUUAAUUGUACUGUGACUAGGGUGAUUAUGAGUCAAAGAAGUCUGCCUCCAUCUUAG